AUGGAGCUGCCAGACCCGGUCCGCCAGAGGCUGGGAAACUUCAGCCGGACCGUGUUCAGUGACUCCAGCCGGACCGGGCCGGAGUAUAACGAGGGUCCGGAUAAUGAAAUGGUUUCCAGUUUGGCAUUGCAGAUGUCACUUUAUUUUAACACUUAUUUUUUCCCACUUUGGUGGGUGAGCAGCAUUAUGAUGCUUCAGAUGAAGUAUUCAGUCUUGCCUGAUUACUACAAAUUCAUUGUGGUCACCGUUAUCAUCCUAAUAACCUUAAUUGAAGCGAUCAGGUUGUAUCUGGGCUACAUGGGGAACCUGCAGGAGAAGGUUCCUGAGCUGGCUGGCUUUUGGCUUUUGAGCCUUCUAUUGCAGUUGCCUUUAAUUCUAUUCUUGCUCUUUAAUGAAGGCCUAACGAAUCUGCCCUUGGAAAAAGCAGUACAUAUCAUCUUCACUAUAUUCCUUACUUUCCAAGUUGUUUCAGCAUUUCUUACCCUAAGGAAAAUGGUAAAUCAGUUGGCAACUCGUUUCCACCUGCAAGACUUUGACCGGCUCUCUGUGAGCAGAGGAGACAUGAGAAGAGUGAGAUCCUGUAUAGAAGAGAUUUGA